AUAUUCUCUCUUUAUACCAAUUGAAGUAUUUAUACAAGUCAAUCAUGUUGAGAUCAUUUACCCGUUCGCUUUCAUCAACCGCUCCAAGAUUUAACUUUGCUAGAGCUAGCUUUGUUGGAACAGUAGGUCAUUCUGAAAUUAAGACUUCCGAAAAAGGUGUGAAAUACGCCAAAUACUCCCUUGCUGUCCACAGAUACCCAAAAGACAGAGAACCAGAAACCGAAUGGUUCAAUAUUACUGCAUUUGACCGUGUAGAUAGCUUAGAAAAGGUGUUGAGACCAGGUAACUUGAUGCACGUAGAAGCUCAUAUCCAAACUACCAAGCUUAUUGACGAAGACAACAAAGCUCUGUUUCAUACCAAUUACGUCCAACGUAGUUACGAUGUUCUUAGAUUUGGCAGAAGGCCAGAACAAGCUGAAGAUGCUGAAUCUGAAGAACAAGGUCACGAAUAAUCUAAAUGUUAUUAGUUAUUGAACUGUUGUUUUUGUAUUAUUACUACAAGUGUUCUGCGUAUACCCCCGUUGACAAGGUUACUUGUUGAUUUUGAAUCAUGGAAGUUGAUACUGGGUUGAUUUUGAUUUUAAUCUUUUAGCUUUCAUUAUAUGUUUUAAUUCAAGCUUUUUUU